ACCCGGAAGUGAGGAGCGUUUGUUUACAUGGUUGCAGCGCGUCGAGAUGAAUCCUCCGAUGAUCAACUCCACAAACUCCGUGUCGACCACGAGAAGGAAGCGCGAGGCGGAGCGCUCUGUGAACUGGACGGUGGAGGAGACUCAGGUGCUGCUCUGCGCCUGGAGCGACGAGCGCGUCCAGAAGAGCCUGGCAGAGAACCUCCGCAACCGCCAUGUCUUCAAACACCUCUCGGCCCGCAUGAGUGAAAUGGGUUUCGCCCGGAGUCCGCACCAAUGCCGGCUGCGGGUGAAGACUCUCAAGGCCAAUUACGUGAGGGCCAAACUCCAGAGGGGUGUCCACAGCCCGCAGCAGUGCACUUUUAAAUACUUUGCGGAGAUGGACGCCGUGUUGGGACGGAGGUCGGCGGGAGGGGAGGGGGGGUCGUUGUUGUUUGCCUCAUCGGAACAGACGGCGGACGGCAUCGACAGGACAGGAAGCGUCCCACACGAUUUUAACUCUAGCACUGAGAUGGGGGGGGCACCAUUUUGGUCCUCUGGGGCGGACGGGGCGACAGCGCUCGAGCUCUCUGGAGCUGAGAGGCGCUCGUCAGUCCUGGCAGCUCAGCUCCGACGUCAAGUUGGAGGAGAGAGAGGAUUCAGAAGACGACUUUGAGUUCACGGACGCAGGAUUCUCACAAUGUCCGAGAGAGAGAGCCCGACCAGUUUGUCUGGAAUCACCUGUUCAUUUUGUAUAUAGUGGUAUGUAGUGACUAUCCUAUUAAGUAUAUUAACACCCAUUUUAUUACGUUGUUAGAAUUGUUUGCUUACUCACGACAAAGUAUUGAUUUCUACUAUUAAUAUUAUUUUAUGCAAGGAAGUGUGUUUUAAGAUAUUCUUCUCAUUACUAGUCUCACACCCUGAUCUGGUUUUUAUUUCCCUGUGUCAGCUCCUCCAGUGGAAACUGGCUUUAGCCCUCCUUCCCCACCUGUGGUGCUCCCUCCGCCAUCUCCCCCCCCUCCUCCUCUUAUCCAGCCCGCCGCCUCUCCACUUCCUGCUCCACCAGAUCCAAACACCCUCCCCACUUCUGGCCGCCACCACCUUGAGACCCCCCGCCUGGAACCCGUCCUCAAGCACCUG